AUGUCUGUUUUCAAUGAUCUGGUUUCUUUCACGUUGAUAGAUUUUUCUUUUGGCAACACUUCGGAUCACCAACUUAAAUUAACGGAAAAAUACAAAUUACUAACAAUUCAUAGAAGAAAAAUUGAGGAAAAUAUUCAAAUAUUCAUCAAAGCAGGAAAGAUUAAAAACGAACUGAGAAAUGAUGAAGAAUAUUGUUUCAGAGUAGUUCAGAUUGAUGGAACUGCUUUGAGUAAAGUUAAAUGUCAGAAUAGAAAAAUUGCAUUGGCCGCUGUUCAACAGAAUGGACAUGCAUAUGUUUAUUUGAGGAAGGAAUUUAAAAAAGAUUUGGAGAUUUUAUUCGAAACUGCAAAAUCCUGCUCUUCUAUUAUUGCUUGUCGAAUACUUUCAGAUAUGGAUUCAAAUACUGACAUGCCCAUUAAUGACAAGGUUUGCUUGGCAAGGUAUUUCUUUCAGAACAAACCUGAGUAUUCAACCUUUCUAGGUUAUAGUAUACCAUUGUGUUUGAAAUUAGAAAGAGAAUUUAUUUUGGAAUUAAUUAGUAAUCAUUUAUCGAUCAUUCCCCCUUUUUUGAUUUCAUGUUUCAAUAAUGACAGAAAUUUCAUAUUGGAAGUUUUGAAAAAAUUCAAGCAUCCAAUAAGUGCCUAUUUUAUUCAAGGUUUGUCUACUGAAUUGAGAAAUGAUUUGGAGGUUGUAUCAGAAAUUAUUAAGAGAAAUAGGGAUUUAAUUAAAUAUGUUCCUGAACUAUUAAAAUCCAAGUUAAAGAUUUUUGAAUCUGUUAAAGAAGAUUACAAUGCCUCAAAAAGGCUAUCUCCACUCGAUUCUUAUUAA